AUGGGAACACCUUUGGAAAUCGUCUUGGCCGUCUAUCUAGUUUCUUGUAUUUUCUUUAGAACAAGAAAUAAGAAGAAGGAGGAAACUCAGCAUUCCACUUAUGAUAAUACAGCUGCAGUAGUAGCUAGUGCAGGUGGUGGUGGAGGAGGUGGUGGUGAUGGUGGCCAUCACGGUGGUGGAGGGUGUGGUGGUGGCGGUGGCCAUCUUGGUGGUGGUGGUGGUGAUGGUGGCCAUCACGGUGGUGGAGGGUGUGGUGGUGGCGGUGGCCAUCUUGGUGGUGGUGGUGGGUGUGGUGGAACUUAA